UCAACUCCACAGGACAACUGUCAUUUUCUAUUUUUAAAAUUAAAUGUUUUGAAAACAGAAAAUUAAACUAUCUUGAAUAUGCUAACUCGGCAGUGUAUAAAAUUAUCAAGUUCUGCGCGGGGAUUAAUUUACAAAAGGAUACUAAAAAAUGGGAACGCUACAGAAAUAUUUUGUCACCACAGAGAUUUACAACUUAGUUGCAGGAUUUUGGUAUCAAAUAAAGUAACGAAAGUCCCGGAUAAAGUGAAGAACGUAAAUAACUUACGUUUGUCAGCUGGUCCUACACAAGAUUCUUCUGGUUCUGUGGAACACCGCACGCAUCGAGCCAAAGGAAAAAAUUUAUCCUCUGAAGAGUUGCUCGAAAAACUCAUAGCCAGCUUAUCUACAGACAUCCAUCAAAAAAAUAGAGUCUAUAAAAAUGACUUUGUAAGAGUGUUAAGCAAAGUUAAAGAGUUGAACUUAUCGUCUAAAAAGCAAGGGUUGCUCUUAAUUAAAUGUUGUACGGAACUGCUUCCCGAUGACACACCUGGUUCCAGAGUGGCUCUAGUAGAGCAAGUGUGGAACACACUGAGGCCUCACACAACAUUUGAUGUAGAUCAUUAUAAUGAACUCUUGCGAGUAUACAUAGCUAAUGGUAGAACACUCAAGGCCAAUGUCUUUCUGACCCAGAUGGGUUCAGUCAAACCCACUUUGACCACAUAUGAACUGAUACUAAGGGUCCUUGGAGAGGCAGGUGACAUAAACCAAUGUACAGAGGUGAUAUCAAAUAUGAAAGCUCUGGGUUUGCCAGCUACAGAAAGUGUGUUCGUUUCCUUAAUCAUUUGCCAAGGAAAAGCUGGCAAGCUAGAGAACAUACAAGAAAUACUAACAAUGAUGAAGUCUCUUCAAGUAAAACACUCGGUUAACACCUACACCGCAACCGCCCGAGCGUUUGCAUGGAAUAAGAAGAAUAACCUGCUCCUAGAAGAGUUAGAAAAGGCACAGAAGAAUGGUAUAACGUUUGGAGAGGUUCAUAUUAUGGAGAUUGUUAAAACUUUAGCAGCUGUCGGCGAAUAUGGACCAGUGCCAGAUGUGUUAAAAUAUUUGCCUGAAGAGAUACUUAACAAACCUGAUAUAACGCCAUACAUGCAGAGUGUGACCACGUUACUUGUUUUCCAAAACCAUCCGAUGGUGGCUUUAGAGAUUUACAAAUGCUUGCCCCUGCCUUCCUUUGGGCCGAAAGACGACACUGGAUUACAUGGACGGAGUUUAGUACGAGACUGUGUCAAAGCUUCUAUGCCAUCCAGUGUAAUAGCCCUUAUCGCUCAAGAGCUGAUGGCAUCAGGUCGCAAUCCGAUCGCGUUACAAAACGCGGCUGAAGCGUCUCUACAACUGGGCAAAGUACCUUUAGCUUUGGACUUGUUUACCCGUAUGAAACAGUUAGGCAUGCCUGUAAGACCGCAUUACUUCUGGCCUAUAUUGCUGCACACUUCCAAAUCUUAUGGGGAGAAAGGUAUAAUGAACACCAUCUCAACAAUGGUCACGAUGGAUAUUAAGCCAGAUUACGAGACGAUAAUGGAAUACACCCUCCCAUACGUCAGUUUCACUUCGCCACAGAAUCUGAUGAAGAAAUUCCUUGAGACUGGUCUGACUGUGAGUACUGUACUCACGCCGAUGAUGGUGACUUUGCUGAAUACUGGACAAGCAAGGGCGGCGAGUGAGCUUUGUGAAUUGUUCCAAGGGAAAGUAGACACUGAAGUAGUCCUUCAGCCAUUGAUAAAGGGUUACCUUAUCAGCAAUGACGUGAAAUCAACCGUGUAUAUACUGGAGGACAUGUCUGCUAAAGCGACGGAUAAAGGCAAGGAUUGGGUCGGGAGAUUUUUCUGUGCAUUCAUGAGACAUAAGAGAAUUAAGGAGGACUUGACUGAUGUACUGAGUAUUGCUAAGGAGUUACAACCAACCAAGAUCAAAAUAUCAACAGCUGCGCUAGACUACUGCCUGUCUAGGAUCCCGAAACAUCACAAUGAGAAGGUUAUUGAAAGCCUCAAAGAGGUUCUGGUCGAUAUUACCGACGAGAGACUGGUCGACGACGGAGAGUUGUUUGUUCAACAAAUGCCGCAUCCUAAACAAAUGAACGAGGGAUCCCUAAAAGCCCAUUUAGCGGAGUUGGAAGCUAAGGGUAUGAACACACGUGGGGUGUUGCGAAGGCUGUUGCAGGAGUAUUGCAAGGAGGGCAACUUGGCCGCCGCGAGGGAGAUCGUGGAGAAAUGCGAGAAAGAGGGUGUAUUCCUAUCUGCCGGUAUGAAGGCCUCUAUAUUCGACCUGCACGUAAAGAUGGGAGAGUUAGACCUGGCUGAAUUGGCUCUCGCAGACCUGAACAAGUCCUCACCUAACUUCACACUAGAUGAGUUCAAGGUUAUCGACUUCGCAACUCUAAUGGUUUACAGAAAAAAGAUCGAAAAGGCCUUUGAUUUGAUUAACGAGCAGUCGAAAAAGAGACGGGUGACGGGCGGUCGAGCAAUAUCUAUGAACUGCUGGCGGCUCCUGGACGCGGUGGCGGCGCAGGGCUCGCACGCGGACACCAAACGCAUGUUCGAGUUGUUGACAACCCUGAGGUAUUGCAAACCCUCCAAUACCAUACUGGGACCUUUAGUACGCGCACAUUUGAAAAAUGGCAAUUUCGAAAACGCAGUUCAAGAAUUCGUCCGUAUAGCGGAAAAAUACAACAAGACUCCGCUGAAACAUGAACUAUUAUGUAAAAUAUUAAAAGCCAUGAGUGACGGCAAGGACGAAGAAACUUUCAUAGUGAACGAGAGGACCAAUGGAAGGUUAAACAAACUAGUGCAUACUAUACUGAAUGUCGAUAAACAAGUGCACGGCGCUAGUGAUGUACAUCUAACCCUCAUAGCAGCGUUAGCAGAUGUAGGGUACAAGAAAACACUACGCAAACUGCUCUUAGACCCCACGGUCAAGUUUCAUCCCGACGCGUUAAUGCGACACUGCGAAAGGUUCGCUGACGAAAAGAAAAUACACGCUUUGGAGGCGAUCGCUGAAUGUGCGAAGAAGUUGAGAAACUUCGACGUUGAGGAGAUUUAUAAUAUGAUGCUGGAAGUAUACCAACGCGACGACAACUGCCAAGAAGCUCUAUCCCUCUGGUACAAGAUGCAAGAAAACGAGAUAGCGCCAUCACAGAAGUUUGUACGCAACCUUUGUGCGCUUUGCAAGGCCAACAAUAAACAAAUACCCUCAGAUAUAGCUAUACUCCUCGACAAACAAACCAAAAUCGUGGCUAAGAAAGUGUCAUAAAGACUUUUGGCUGGAGUAAAUUCAUGAGUGACAUUUUUGAUUAUUGGAGAUUCACACCACAUUUGAUAAAUUCAUUGCGAAAUGGCAAUGAAUUUAUCAAAUGUGGUAGGAAUUUCCUUUGUUUCAAAGUGUAUCAUUUCUUAUCAUCAUUAAUGCUAGCUAAAACAACUGAGUUAAAAAUGCCUUAAGGUAUUAUGAUUGUGUUAUGCGUACAUAGGAUUUUAGUGAGUGUUCUAUGUAAUAAUAUGGAUAUAAAUUGUUAGUGAUAUCUGUGAUAUUAUUUUAUUAGUACACGUUUGUUUAUUAAUGA